AUGUUUUUAGUUAUUAUCUGCUCCUUUACAGGGGUUUUCUCAUCUGUAGCAGGUGCUAUCUACUACCCUGUUUUGCAAGUGAUUCAAGGCUUAUUUGAAAUUACUGAAGAACAGGUCAAUAUUACUAUCGUAGUUUAUUUCAUUUUUCAAGGUAUUGCACCUUCAAUUAUCGGUAACUUGGCUGAUUCAAUGGGCAGAAGACCAAUUGUUAUCAUUGCUGUUACAUUAUAUUUUUGUGCUUGUGUCGGUUUAAGUUGUUGUAAUAAUUAUGCACAACUAGUUGGACUUAGAUGUUUACAGGCUGCUGGUAUUUCUCCUGUGAUUGCUAUGAAUAGUGGUAUAAUGGGUGAUGUUACUACUAGAGCUGAAAGAGCUGGAUAUGUUGGAUAUGUAUCUGGCUUUCAAAUCAUAGGAACCGCAUUAGGGGCUUUGAUAGGUGCUAGAUUAUCGUCAAGAUGGGGUUGGAGAGGAAUUUUCUGGUUUCUAGCCAUUGGUUACUGGUGCUUGCACCAUCGUUUGAUACUCGCAUUACCAGAAACGAAAAGAGCUAUUGUUGGCGAUGGUUCUAUUACACCACCAAACUAUUUUAGUAAAGCACCAAUAUUAGUUUUACCUUCUCUUCGUAAAAGAUUACAUCUUAAUUCUCCUGAUUAUGAAUCGAAAGAAGAAGAGAAGAAAAUCAGUCCUCUAGAGCCAUUACAUGUGUUUAAAAUUUUAGACAUAGUGAUAAUGCUAGUUGUAAGUGGGUUACAAUAUACUACAUGGACUGCUCAUCAGACUGCAUUGACCACUUCCCUAAGUAGAGAUUAUCAUUAUUUUGUAGUUCAAAUUGGUCUCUGCUUCUUACCAACCGGUAUCUGUACUAUGAUUAGUGUCGUUGGAUCAGGAAAGUAUCUUAAUUUCAUUUACGGUAGAAUGAUGCAAAAACAUUUGGCAUGGUUGGAAAAUGAAAAACAAAUCCUACUGGAAAAAAAUGCUAAUGAUUCUAAAAAAGUUGAUGAAAUCAUCUCAAACGAUCCCUAUUAUACUUUCAAUCUUUGUAAAGCUAGAUUACAACCUGGUCUUUUUACUCUAUUACUAAGUAGUUGCGGAUUUAUUGCAUAUAGUUGGUGUUUGGGCUCUAAAGUUCAUGUUGCUGCUAUUUUAUGCUUCAGUGGAUUUGCUUCACUAUUUUCAAUUUGCAUGUUAACAAUGUCAACAACAUUAAUUGUUGAUUUAUUUCCAGAAACAGCCGCUAUAGCUACUGCUUGUUUGAAUUUAGUUAGAUGCUCAAUGUCUGCAAUAAUUAUCGCCUGUUUAACCAGAAUGAAAAUUAAAAUGCAGUAUGGUGGUAUCUUUACAUUUUUAUCACUUUUAACCGCCUGCUCAUCACUUUUAUUAUUAAAAUUGAUUAGAAAUGGAAAAGUGCUAUCUUUUGAAAAAGAACAGAAACUGUCUAAGACUGACAAAGCAUAG